AUGAUACAGCGAGCCAUGGGCAGCGUCCGAGUCAACCGGUACAGCAUCGUCUCGACUGAAGAGGAUGGACAAAAGGUCUCCACACUGGGCAGCAUGAACGGGCACAGCCGGAACGGGAAGGGACAUGCCCCCCGGCGGAAGCACCGCAACCGCUUUGUGAAGAAGAAUGGCCAGUGCAACGUCUAUUUUGCCAACCUAAGCAACAAGUCUCAGCGCUACAUGGCUGACAUCUUCACUACCUGUGUGGACAUACGCUGGCGGUACAUGCUUAUGAUCUUCUCUGCCGCCUUCCUGAUGUCCUGGCUCUUCUUCGGCUUCCUCUUCUGGUGCAUCGCUUUAUUCCAUGGUGAUCUCAAUGCACCGGUGGUGGGAGGUGGUCCCCCUCACCUCAAGCCCUGCAUCAUGCACGUGAACAGCUUUGUGGGGGCUUUUCUUUUCUCAGUGGAGACACAGACAACCAUUGGGUACGGCUUCCGCUGCGUGACUGAUGAGUGCCCGCUGGCUAUCAUGGCAGUUGUGGUCCAGUCCAUUGUGGGCUGCGUUAUUGACUCCUUCAUGAUUGGUACCAUCAUGGCCAAGAUGGCAAGGCCCAAGAAGCGGGCCCAGACCCUCCUCUUCAGUCAUCAUGCGGUCAUCUCCGUGCGGGAUGGCAAACUGUGCCUCAUGUGGCGGGUGGGCAACCUGAGGAGGAGCCACAUUGUGGAGGCCCACGUCCGAGCCCAGCUCAUCAAACCCUACAUGACAGAGGAAGGGGAAUACCUUCCCCUGGACCAGCAGGACCUCAAUGUGGGCUAUGAUGUGGGCCUCGAUCGUAUAUUUUUGGUCUCUCCCAUUAUUAUUGUUCAUGAGAUUGAUGAGGAGAGCCCACUCUAUGGGAUUGGCAAGGAGGAGCUGGAGACGGAGAACUUUGAGAUAGUUGUUAUCUUGGAGGGGAUGGUGGAAGCUACAGCCAUGACCACACAGGCACGAAGCUCUUACCUGGCUAGUGAAAUCCUUUGGGGUCACCGUUUUGAACCAGUUGUGUUUGAGGAGAAGAAUCACUACAAAGUGGAUUAUUCACGCUUUCACAAGACCUAUGAGGUAGCUGGCACGCCUUGCUGCUCAGCCCGGGAGCUGCAAGAAAGCAAGAUGACUGUCGUACCUUCUCCCCCACCUCCCAGUGCCUUCUGCUAUGAGAAUGAGCUGGCUCUUGUCUGUCAAGACGAAGAUGAAGAUGAUGAUGAAGUGGGUGUGGUGUUAGGGGGCAACACCAAGGAAGAGGGAGGUGUCAUCCAGAUGAUGGAUUUUGGAAGCCACCUGGACUUGGAACGGCUGCAGGCAACUCUGCCUCUAGAUACAAUCUCAUACCGCAGGGAGUCAGCCAUCUAACUCCUCCAGCCUCCCCACUCCACAUCCAUUGCUCACCGUCUCCUCCUCCAUUCUGCACCUGUAUGUAGCUGGAUAAGUCCCUUGCCCACCAAAAAAUGCCUCCCAUGACUUCCUCUCAGCCCCUGAAUACAUCAAGGCCUGGAGCUGCUCUGAUAUAUUCCCUUUCCCAUGAAGUCAUACCGCCUGGAAGAGGUGUGAGGAUAAGCUACUCUUCCAGUGUGCACAGCUUGUGCCAGGAUCCCUUUCCUGCCCAGAGACAGGAGAGCAACACACCUGGUUUCUCAUCUCUGUAGAGGCAACAGGAGUCCGUGCCCUCAACAGACAGACUGGGACCUGCAGCAAGUGUUUCUGAUGCUGAGGCAACGGCAGACUUUCUGUUCCCUCUUGAUGUGGGUAGGCCUCAUGGCUGUCAAGAGUCAUGACCAUCACUAGGAGAGGAGCAAUACCUAAGCACUGACC